AUGAAACUUCACCACAAUCUACUUCAACGUCUACGUCAACAACAUCUACUUCAACGUCAACAACAUCUACCUCAACGUCAACAACGUCUAUUUCAACGUCAGCUCCACCAGCUUGUUCGCGAUGUGUGGCAGUCGGAGACUGUAUGCUGUCUUCAGGGAAUUGCACAGCAAAUUCAACAGGCAUUCAACACUACACAUGUGUUGACGGUAACAACAACAGCUGUGAAAAUAAAACCUGUAUACCAACUUAUGAACCAGCGUGUCGUGAAUUUAAUUCUAUUAACGUCAUACACUUUAACCGAAGCGCAAAAAUCUAAAAUGAAUCCGCUAAUGCGAGUGAUACCAGUUCCAUUACCCUUUCGUUAUCAAUUUACAGACGUUAAUAAUCCGUACAAAGUUCUGUGGGUUACAGACAAAGGGUAUUUAACGCUUGGUACACCAUUUUAUGCAAUCGAACCAGUAGAGCGUGUGGAAGGCAUUCCAGCAUAUAUUGCGCCCUUUUGGACUCAUUUUGUUAACGUAAAUGAGACGUAUAUUUCAGCUACGGUUUACAAUGGACUGGUGAAUGCUCCUGAUGCUGUACGAAAUGUUACGAAACGUACUGUCGAGCGGCAAUAUAAAGAAAAUGUUAAUGAUAGCACUCUCGCGUUUUAUCGAGUGAUUAAGUUAGAAUGGAAAAACUUAAUAACUUAUGUAGAUAAUAUAUCUAACCAGAGUGACAUAUUAAAUCUCGAAUUUAGUGCGUAUCUUAUCAAUGGACUGAGCUAUAAUCAUAGUUAUUGGGAUUCAUUUCUUCGAUUUGAGUAUCAACUAUCAGAUCUCCAGAAUCAGUCCAAAAGUCCAGAUUAUCAACAAGUUUUAUUCGGAUAUCGAGAUGGAAGUCCAAAUGGAAGUUAUCUACAAACAAGCGUGUCAUUCAGUCAAAACAUUACAGAAUUUUUAAGUGAAGCAAACGGACUAUUAGUAUAG